UACUUGUUUCCAAUCAAAACAAGGAUUAUGAAAGAGUGCAAGAGAUAAAAGAAGAGAUAGAAAGAUUGAAUGAAGAGAACAAGGAGCUUACAUCAAUGCUUGAUUUAGUGAGCACAAACGUUGAUAAUCUCAAAGCACAAGUGGAGAAGAUAACAAGAGAGAUGGAUCUUGAUGAUGGUUUGAUGAUCAUCAAGGAAAUGCCAUUAGAGCUUCAAAACACAAAGACAUGGACUUCUUUUUUUAGAUGUGAUGAUAAUAAUGGAAGCCUAACGACAAAAGAUGGAUAUCACUGGAGGAAAUACGGACAAAAAGUUACAAGAAAUAAUCCAUUUCCUCGAGCUUACUUUCGGUGUGCAAUGGCUCCUAAAUGCUUGGUUAGGAAGAAGGUACAAAGGUGUUCAAACAAUGCAAAAUUUCUAAUGGCAACUUAUGAAGGUGAACACAACCAUCCUCCACCAAACAAGUACUUUCUGAACACAACUCAAUCAACAACAAACUCAAACUUGAUUCUAUCAAUGACUUCAUGUCUUGAUCUCAAUCCCUCAAAAAAUGCAGAAAUUUUUUCUGAAAAUCAUAAAAACAAUGAAUAUUUCAAUACUUGCAUCAAUGAAGCAGGAACUAGCAACAACAACAACAACAACAGAUUGGAAGAAUACAUCAAUCUCUUGAAAUCAGAUCCAAAUUUCACUCAACUCUUAGCUCGAAAAAUCGUUUUUUCGAUGUUAAAUAAUAAUAAUAAUAAUAAUAAUAAUUCAAAGAUUGGAUGA